UGUUGCGGAGAGAGACAUAAUGGAUUACAUAUAUCAAAAAACGGGUGAAAACGUAACUUUAUUCAAGAUGAAAUCGCAUAGGCAAAAAGACUAUCAUUCGUACAAAAUUUAUGUGUCACAAACAAAUCUAAAUAAAUACAUGGAAGGCUCGUUGUGGCCAACAGGUGUGACAUUCAGACGUUUUAUUGAUUUGAGAGGCAGGCAAGAUAAGCCUAUAAGUGAAUAUAGUGGUGAUUCAAAACAUAUUAAUGGUGAGCAAGAAAAUUGCUAAAUUAAUUAGUUAUAAUUGUAAAUCGCUAAAACGUUCAAUAGAUGGUGUGAGAACAUUGUGUGGGGAGGCGGAUAUUGUGGCGUUACAAGAACAUUGGCUUUUAAGUCAUGAAAUCCCGUUGUUAGGCACUGUAAGUGAUGAUUUUUCGUACACGGGCUGCUCGGCGGUUGAUACGGAGGCCGGAGUACUUGUCGGUCGCCCUUACGGAGGAGUGGCGAUUCUGUGGCGUAAGAACGUUUUCCAGUGCGCGUCGGUAAUAAGAACUGUAAGUACUAGAAUAGUGGCUGUAAAGUUAGGACUACAAGACCGGUCAAUUCUAGUGUUCAGUGUAUAUAUGCCAGUUAACGCCACGGAUAAUCUACCUAUAUUUACUAAAUGUUUAAGCGAGAUUCAUGCGAUAUUGGACGACAAUAGUGAUGUGGAGGCAGUCUAUGUAUUGGGAGAUUUCAAUGCACACCCUGCAGAACUGUUUUAUAGGGAAUUGGAACAGUUCUGUUUGGAACAAGAUUGGUGCUGUGUCGAUGUGGAUAUGUUAGGAUAUAUGUCAAAUACUUAUACAUAUAUUAGCGAGGCCCACGGUUGUCAUAGGUGGUUAGACCAUUGCAUAGUCACAAAGUCAGCCCGACAAACGGUAAGAAAUAUCACAGUAAGACAAGAUGUGUAUUGGUCUGACCACUAUCCACUUAUUGUAGAGUGUGACUUAAAUAAGGUCCAAAUUAAAUGUACUACAGCGAAAUCACCUCUUGAAGGUGUGUUCUGGGGUGAAAGGCAGCCUGCUCAGGUGGAUUUAUACCAUGAUCUAUGUAAUAAUGGUUUGAAACAGUUAAAAUUUCCUAUGGAAUGUAAGGACUGUGCUGGUAGAACUUGUACUAACAGUAACCAUUAUAAAGUGCUUGAUAAUAUAUAUUCUACUAUAAUUAAUGUGUUAACUGAGGGAGCCAGAAAGUCAAGUAAAAACAGGCAUAGGAAAAAACAUAUAGUAGGUUGGAAUAAGUAUGUCUCGGAUGCUCAUAGGGACGCUAGGGAGAAGUUUCUGUGCUGGAUUUAUGCUGGAAGGCCUCGACAGGGCAGAGUUCAUCUUGAAAUGGUUGAAAGCCGGAAGCUCUUUAAGUCAAAGCUAAAAUGGUGUCAAGAGAAGCAGGAACAAAUUAAAUGUGAUAUUCUAGCCACUUCCCAUUCAGCUAAAGACUUUAAGGGCUUCUGGAAAAAUACCAAUAAACUCAGUGUAAAGCCUGGGGUCCCUGUGAGUGUCGGGGGUGUAAGCGACGGGAAGAGUAUCGCAAAUGCAUUCAGGGAAUUGUUUACUGUAUCAUCAUUAUACCAACCUGGCAAUAAGAGAAUGAGCGAUACUAAGGCCACUGUGGGAGAUAGUACCAUACAAUUUACUGCAAAACAAGUUGAAAAAGUUAUUAGAACCAUGCAGAGGGGGAAAUCUCCGGGGCACGAUGGCCUUAGUAUCGAGCACCUUAAAUAUGCAGGACAAUGUCUACCUCAUGUAUUGGCCAUGUUCUUCUCGUUGUGUAUAAGUCAUGCUUACCUACCUGAGCAGCUAAUGAAAACAGUAGUUGUCCCGUUGGUUAAGAACAGGACAGGUGACAUAGCAGAUUUUGCAAACUAUAGACCCAUCUCGCUUGCUACUGUCAUAGCAAAAGUACUUGACAGUCUGCUUGACGAACAUCUUAGUACUCACGUAAGAAUUCAUGAUGCCCAGUUUGGGUUCAGGGCAGGAUUAUCCACGGAGAGUGCAAUUUUGUGCCUUAAGCGGGCUGUCAGGUACUAUAAGGAUAGGAACACACCAGUUUUUGCUUGCUUCCUAGACCUAUCUAAAGCGUUUGAUCUGGUGGUAUAUGAUUUGUUAUGGGAUAAGCUAAGAAAGUCUAUGGUUGCACCCGAGUAUGUGUCCCUUCUAAAAUACUGGUAUGCCAACCAGAUCAAUCAGGUAAGAUGGGCUGGGGAGUGGUCUGACCAGUAUAAAAUGGAAUGCGGUGUCAGACAGGGCGGGCUCACGUCUCCUGUCCUGUUUAACUUGUAUAUUAAUGGGUUGAUUGAGGAGUUGAGCAGCAUGCAUGUUGGAUGCCAUAUAGACGGUGUAUGUGUCAACAACAUAAGUUAUGCGGAUGACAUGGUGCUGCUCGGCCCCUCAAUCAACUCCAUAAGGAAGCUGGUACAAAAAUGUGAAAGCUACGCCGCUCAGCAUGGGCUCAGGUAUAAUUCGAGUAAAAGUGAGAUGGUGCUUUUUAAAGCGCGUAAAUAUAAUCCACAAAAUAUACCUGAGGUCAGGCUGGGUGGGGUAGUGCUGAAAGUAGUUAGGAAAUUUAAAUAUCUAGGUCAUAUAGUAACAGAGGACCUAGAUGAUGACCUGGAUAUUGAAAGAGAGAGAAGGGCCCUGGCAGUGAGGGGCAACAUGCUCAUCCGUAGAUUUGCAAGAUGUACAAGGGAAGUAAAACUCACUCUUUUUAAAGCUUACUGUACAUCUUUCUACUCAUGCAGUCUAUGGGUGAAGCAUACAAAACGCGUGUAUAACAUGUUAAGGGUCCAAUUUAACAACAUCUUCAGGAUGAUGUUCAAGCUGCCUAGCCACUGCAGUGCGUCCGGCAUGUUUGCCGAGGCGCACACAGAUGACUUCUAUGCCAUCAGACGCAAGAGGAUUGCCUCUCUGCUGAGACGAGUGAGAGGUAGUGGUAAUGUCAUCCUGAAGAUGGUGGCUGGACGCCUUGACUGCCCCAUUCUGGGCCACUGGGUAAAGAUUGUAACGGGGAGGAUAAAACAGAAUAAUUUAAUUUAAUGUAAAAUAAUUUUAUAAUUUUAUAUUUCAUUAAAUAAUUUUGUAAUUUAAUUUAAUAAUUUGUAACUUAUCUGUAAUAAUUUAUAAGGUAAUUUAAUUUAAUUUAAUU